CACCAGCACCAGUAGGUAGCAUCUGUCAUGGUUUCCCUUUUGUUAAGAGGGUCUUAAACAAUUAGAGAGCUGUUUUGUUACAUGAAGGCAUGACUGCCACUACUGCAAUGGGCUGACCACUGACUUUGAGACACCCAUUUCUUUUCAAAAUCCAAGGUCAUGAACUGUCUCUCCCCAAACUCAAUUACAGUAUUUGGUUUUGGCUUGUCAUAUUUGUGUUAUGAAUUGGACACUGGCAUCUGAAUUUAGCCUGUUAUUUUUUGGUGUGUGUAUGUAGUCCAGGAGGUUGGUAGUCAAGUCAAAGUUAGGCUUCCUAUCUUUUAUCUGAAUGGUUCAGAACUCACUAUGGGGUCAGAUACCGGGAUGCAGCGUCCUCCUAGAUCCAGUUCUAGUCUAGGCCGGCAGCAAGGCUGUGCAGAACAAGUUCAGGGCAGCCUGACAGCUGGAGCUGUGUGGAAGGCGGCCUGAGGCCCAGUGGGAGGGGCGGGUCUCCAAGGAGCAGGGACAAUAGUCUAUAUCAGAGGAGUGAUGCCUAAGAGAAAACAAGCUUGGAAAGCCUGGAAAACUCAACGGGUGGACCACCGGGCUAGAGGAGUACGUAACCGGAACCUGUUUAUGAUGGACAGGUUCGGGGGCGGCUCUAAGAAACACAGGCGGGAGGGGCCGGAAAACCCUCCAUUUUUAGAGGGACCUCAGGGAAAGGGUUGUAUUCUGCUAGUGGUGGCGAACACAAACCGGAGUCUCGCCGGGACCGGGAGCCGCAGUCGCCGCGGAGCGGCCUGGGAAAGUCAGCAGCGCUGUGGCGGUAACCGCAGCCCGGCGGCUCUGGAACCUCCCAGAGAUCAUUUUUCUGGCUGCAGUAACAUGGCUGGCAGUUAUUUUCUUUCAGAGCAAGAAGGGGUCCAGUCAUUGUUCCUGAAACGGAAAGUCAGAGCAGAGCAACUAGCAGAAAUGACCACUUCUCCAGUAGGCACAUCCCAGAGUCUGCUAACAUUUGGGGCCGUGGCUUUGGACUUCUCCCAGGACGAGUGGGACUACCUGGACUCUACUCAGAGGGCUUUGUACAUUGAUGUGAUGUUGGAGAAUUACAACAACCUGGUCUUUGUUGAGAACCAUUGCGUGUGUGGUAAAUACGAGAAGGUCUUGGAUCAAGACUCAAACUAUAUUAUACAUCAACAUGUUACUAUCCAAGAGAAAUCUUUCAAGUAUAAUCAGCUUGGCAAAAUGCUUCACGAAUCCUCCCAGUGUAUACCUUAUGACACAAGUGAUUCUGCAGAAAACUGCAGCAACUACACAUGUGGCAACCACAGGGAUGCCUCCACUGACUCAUCAAACCUAAACAGAUGUAAAAGUGUGCACAAUGGAGUAGAACUCUUCAAAUAUAAAGACUGUGGCAAAUGUUUAUGUUCCAAUAAUAGUCUAAAUCAGAGUAUCCACACUGUAAAGAUAGAACACAAAUAUGCAGAAAGUGAUAAACUUCUGGGUUCUGCACACAGACUUGUUCAGCAAAGAAUCCCUAGUGAAGACAAAGCACACAAUUGUGGGAAAUGCUGUUCAAGCCUCAGCACACAUGACAGACUUCCUAUUGGAGAGAAACCAUGGAAAUGUAAAGAAUGCAGUAAGUCUUUUAAGUGGUUAUCUCACCUUAAAACCCACUGCAGAAUCCAUACUGGAGAGAAACCUUACAAAUGUAAUGAGUGUGAUAAGGGCUUUUCUCGAUUAUCUAGACUUAAAAACCAUUACAGAGUCCAUACUGGAGAGAAACCUUACAAAUGUGAGGAAUGUGGUAAGUGCUUUUCUCGGUUAUCUAGACUUAAAAACCAUUACAGAAUCCAUACUGGAGAGAAACCUUACAAAUGUAAGGAAUGUGGCAAAGCCUUCACCCACUGCACAGCUCUUAGUACGCAUCAUAAAAUACAUACUGGGAAGAAACCUUACUCAUGUAAAGACUGUGGUAAAUCCUUUUAUUUGUUGUCAAGACUUAAGGAACAUUAUAGAGUCCACACUGGAGAGAAACCAUACAAGUGCAACGAAUGUGGUAAGUUCUUUCAUUGGUUGUCAAACCUUAAAAGACAUUCCAGAAUCCACACUGGAGAGAAGCCUUACAAAUGUGGAGAAUGUGACAAAUCAUUUAACCACUGCUCAAGUCUUAAAGCUCAUCAGAAAAUUCAUGCUGGGGUGAAAUCCUAUAAAUGUGAAGAGUGUGGCAAGUCCUUUUAUUGGUUGUCAAACCUUAAAACCCAUUACAGAAUCCACACUGGAGAGAAACCUUACAAAUGUGACGAAUGUGACAAGUCCUUUUCCCAGCGUUCUCUUCUUACAAGGCACAACAAGAUUCAUACUAGAAAAAAAUAUGAAUAUAAGAAACUUGUGAGUGAUUCAGAGCCACAGAGUUGGUCCUAGCCACACCCACUUAGCAUUAAAAAAAAGAAAGCACUCCUGGCCAGAGAAUAAUUACAGAUUUAUCUGCAGUAAAGACAAAUUCAGAUGAAAAAGACGUCUAAAUGGGUCACAGUGUUGGAUAAAUGUACAUAGGCUUGAAAGAGAGGAAAAGAAGUAUAAACAGUUAUAAUAUUAAAGACUACAGUCAUAGAUUAAAGGAGUAAAGAAAAUAAAUAUUAAACUUGUGUAAAAAGUAAUAGAGUAAGAAAAAUAAGUUACAUGAAGAUGU